AUGUCUCACGCCAAUCGUAUCGAGCAGCUUGAGAACCUCAAGAACAUCGAGACAAAUGAGAAUUUCUACGAGAAGCUCGCCCAAGGAAAGAUCGCAACCGAUGUAUCGAGUGCUUCAUCCCAAAGAGGCCCAUCUGGACCGCAGCCGUACUACGUCCCAGUGCCGAUAACGAUCAAGUCUCAGCUUGGCAGUCCGACCGCCCUCGCCAUUGGCGCCUUCUCGACCACGCUCUCAACAGUCGGCAUGGCUCUCAUGGGCUGGCGCGGUGUGCACGUCACAAACGCCAUCUGUGGCAACUUCUUCGGCGUCGCUGGAAUCGGCAUGACCAUUUCAGCCAAUUGGGAGCUGGUCCUCGGCAACACAUACUCGUACACCGUUCUCUCUGCUUUCGGUUUGUUCUACCUUGGGUUCGGUGUCAUUCUCACGCCUUUCUUCGGCGUCGCGGAGUCGUACGGCGGAUCGGAUACUCCAGAGUACAACAAUGCUCUUGGAUUCUUCCUGCUGAUGUGGUCUGUCUGGAACUUCUUCUUCCUGAUCGGCUCGCUUCCUCUCAACCUGGUCUUCAUCGGUAUCUUCCUCACCGUACAACUCGCGUUCACAAUCCUGUCGGCCGGAUACUUCGUGACGGCGGACGGUAAUGCUGCGCUUGCGACGGCGCUGUUCAAGGCUGCUGGGGCGUUCGCGUUUAUAAGUGGGAUGCUGGGGUAUUAUACGGUGGCCAAUCUGAUGUGCUCGGAGGCUUUGUACUUUUCGUUCCCGAUGGGCGACACGAGCCGUUUCUUCAGGAAGAAGCAGAAAAAUGCGUGA